AUGUCCCAGGUGAUGUCCAGCCCCCUGCUGACGGGAGGCCAUGCAGUCGGCUUGGCUCACUGUGAAGAACCCAGGAGGGCCCUGCACCCAGCGCCCGGCUCCAGCCUGCCGCCCCAGUGUCCUUAUUACACCACAGAAGGCUGGGGAGCUCAGGCCCUGAUGGCCCCCGUGCCCUGCAAGGCGCCCCCCAGCAGGCUCCAGAAGACCCCACAGGCAGAGGCCAAAGCCCACAGCUUCCAGCAGAGCCCGGGUGAGCAGGCCAUGGGGACCCCACAGGACCUUGACUCCUACAUUGACUUCUCACUGGAAAGCCUCAACCAGAUGAUCCUGGAACUGGACCCCACCUUUCAGCUGCUUCCUUCAGGGGCUGGUGGCCCCCAGGCUGAGCCUUCCCAAAGCACCACCUUGAGGAGCAAGAAAGAGGAAACUGAAGCCCUGGAUAUAAAGUACAUCGAAGUGACCUCCACCCGAUCGCGGUGCCACGAUGGCUCUCAGCGCUGCUCCAGCCCAUCUGUCACACCGCCAUUCGGCUCUCCACGCAGUGGUGGCCCCCUCCUUUCCAGAGAUAUCCCCCGAGAGACUCGAAGCAGCAGCGAGAGUCUCAUCUUCUCUGGGAACCAAGGCCGGAGUGCCUCCCCUCACCCCUCCGCCUCGCCCAGCGUCUCCAUCCCUUGCGUGGGGAGCAGAGCUUCAGGCCCUCAUGGCCUGGGCUCCCCACUGAGGGCCCUGGCUUCACAGCGGGGCAGCAGGGUUUCUGUGCUGUCAGCCAGUCCAGCGUCUGAUGUCAGCUAUGUGUUCGGGAGCAGCCAGUCCCUCCUCCAGUCUAGCAUCUCCAGCCCUCAGUCAUCUUCUAGAUCCUUGGAAAGUCCAGCCAGCUCUUCCUCCAGCCUCCACAGCCUUGGUCCAGCGUCCCUCUUUAUGAGACCCAGUGAUGUCCAGGCCCCCAGCAACCCUGCUCUGAACAUGGGCCAGCCCAGAGCCAACCACUCUCCUCCACUGGCCAAGGAGCAUGCCAGCAGCUGCCCCCCAUCUGUCACCAAUUCCAUGGUGGACAUACCCAUUGUGCUGAUCAAUGGCUGCCCACAAGCACAGUCUCCCCCACCCCAGUGGACACCAGGACAGCAAGGGUUUGUCCAGCCUGGAACUGCUUCUUCCAGCCAUCCCCGUCAAGCCACCAAGAGCCACAGCCAGACCCUGCCAGAUGCCUCCUUCACCACGUCCCCAGAGGGUCCUUCCAGGGACAUGCAGCCCACCAUGAAGUUCGUGAUGGACACAUCUAAAUACUGGUUUAAACCAAGCAUCACCCGAGAGCAAGCAAUCGAGCUGCUGAGGAAGGAGGAGCCAGGGGCUUUUGUCAUCAGGGACAGUUCCUCAUACCGAGGCUCCUUCGGCCUCGCCUUGAAGGUGCAAGAGGCUCCGACAUCUGCCCACAACCGACCAGGUGAGGACAGCAAUGAUCUGAUCCGUCACUUCCUCAUCGAGUCUUCUGCCAAAGGGGUUCAUCUCAAAGGAGCAGAUGAGGAGCCCUACUUUGGGAGCCUCUCUGCCUUCGUGUGCCAGCAUUCCAUCAUGGCCCUGGCCCUGCCCUGCAAACUCGCCAUCCCACAGAAAGAACUGGGAGGCGCAGAUGGGGUGGCCUCAGACUCCUCUACAGACAGCCCGGCCUCCUGCCUGAAGAAAUCUGCGGGCUGCCACACUUUGUACCUGAGCUCCGUGAGCGUGGAGACCCUGACGGGAGCCUUAGCCGUGCAGAAGGCCAUCUCAACUAUCUUGGAGAGAGAGGUCCUCCCCACACCCACUGUGGUCCACUUCAAAGUCACUGAGCAGGGCAUCACCCUGACUGACAUCCAGAGGAAGGUGUUUUUCCGGCGCCAUUACCCACUCAUCACCCUCCGUUUCUGCAGCAUGGACCCAGAGCAACGGAAGUGGCAGAAGUACUGCAAGUCCUCCAGGAUCUUUGGAUUUGUGGCCAAGAGCCAGACGGAACCACAGGAGAACGUGUGCCACCUCUUUGCAGAGUACGACACCGUCCAGCCAGCCUCACAGGUCAUCGACCUGGUGACUGCUCUGCUGCAGGACACAGAAAGGAUGUAG